GGACUGACUUCCCUUCUCUUUGCACUCAUCUCCUUGCAGCACAAGUCCAUUGAUAUUUCUUAUCUUCUCGAUUUUUGACUCUGCUUAGAAGAAACGGCCAUGUCUCGGCAGUCUGUCUGCAGAAGCUUUGGAGGCGGGAGUAGAAGGGGCUACAGCUCUUGCUCUGCCAUCGGUGGUGGCUUUGGAGGAGGUGGCGGCAGAAGCAGGAGCAGCUACAGCUCAUUCUCUAUGUCCAGGGGAUUUGGAGGUGGCGGACGUUGUGGAGGGUUUAGCAGCAAGAGUCUCCAUAACAUGGGUGGCAGUGGAAGGAUUUCCAUGGGUGGAUGCUAUGGCGGUGGAGGAUAUGGAGGCAGAAUGGGUGGCUUUGGUGGAGGCUAUGGAGGAGGACUAGGCAGCUUUGGUGGAGGAAUGGGUGGAGGAGGAAUGGGUGGCUUUGGAGGAAUGGGUGGUUAUGGUGGAGGAAUGGGUAGUUAUGGUGGAGGAAUGGGUAGUUAUGGUGGAGGAAUGGGUGGUGGAGGAAUGGGUGGCUUUGGUGGACCAGGCUUUGGCAUGCCAGGCUUUGGUGGCCCCGGUAGAGGUGGCCCUGGAAUCCAGCCGGUGCAGGUUGACCCAACCCUCCUACAGCCAGUCCAUGUUGAGAUUGAUCCCCAGAUCCAGCAAGUCAAAAACCAGGAGAAGGAACAGAUCAAGACUCUUAACAACCAAUUUGCCUCUUUCAUUGAUAAGGUCCGCUUCCUGGAGCAACAGAACAAGGUCCUGUCCACCAAGUGGGAGCUCCUCCAACAGCAAGGGCCUUCAGGGCCAAGGAAGAACCUCGAUGUCAUCUUUGAAAAUUACAUCCAGAACCUGAGGAGGCAGCUGGACUCAAUCUUGGCACAGAGGGGACAGCUGGAGUCAGAGCUGCAGAACAUGCAGCAAUACGUCGAGGAUUACAAAACCAAGUAUGAGGAAGAGAUCAACAGGCGCACAACUGCUGAGAAUGAGUUUGUGGUGCUUAAGAAGGAUGUGGACUGUGCCUACAUGACUAAAGUAGAGCUGGAAGCCAAGGUGGGAGCUCUGACUGAUGAAAUCAACUUCUUGAGGUGUAUGUAUGAGGAGGAACUGGCUCAGAUGCAGACAAUCAGCCGGGACCUGUCCGUGGUGGUGUCCAUGGACAACAAUCGGCACCUGGAUCUGGAGAGCAUCAUUGAGGAGGUCAGGCGUCAGUACGAGCAGAUUGCUCAGAGCAGCAGAGCUGAAGCUGAGGCUUGGUACCAGAGCCAGUACGAACAGCUGCAGAGCACUGCUGGAAGACAUGGGGACAGCCUCCGUAACACCAAGAUAGAGAUCCAAGAGUUGACCAGGAACAUCCAGAGGCUGCGGGCUGAGAUUGAGAAUGUGAAGAAGCAGAACCAGCAGCUGCAGGCAGCUAUUGCUGAGGCCGAGGAGCGGGGUGAGAUGGCCCUCAAGGAUGCUCGGUUAAAACUGGAAGAGCUGGAAAGUGCCCUGAGCAAAGACAAGGAGGAGCUGGCUCGCUUGCUGAAGGAGUACCAGGAGCUGCUGAACAUCAAGAUUGCGCUGGACGUUGAGAUUGCCAUGUACAGGAAACUGCUGGAGGGAGAGGAGAACAGACUGUGCAAUGAUGGCAUGUCCAACGUCAAUGUCUCUGUGGUAGGCAGGACCAGCAUCUCUGGAGGCAGAGGAGGCAUGGGAGGAGGCUUCGGAGGCGGCAGCGGCAUGGGAGGAGGCUUCGGAGGCGGCAGCGGCAUGGGAGGAGGCUUCGGAGGCGGCAGCGGCAUGGGCGGAGGAAUGGGAGGAGGCCUAUGUGGAGUAGGAAGCAGCAUUGGAGGUGGAAGCAUGGGCGGCAGCUGUGGAAUGGGAGGAGGAAUGUACAGCGGUGGCUUCUCUUCUGGAAGUGGAAGGAUGUGCGGCUCCGGAGGUGGCAGCUUCGGCUCUGGUGGGGGAUCGUCCUCCAUACGGAGAUGUGUCACGACCACCUCCGUCAAAUCUUCAGGAGUGAGAGGAGUGCCUGAAGCUGUGGAGUCAGAGAAGACUGUGCACACUUCUCUCUGCAUUCAUCCCUCAGCAGCACAGCUCCGUUGGUCUUUCUGCUCUUCUUGAUUUUGACUCUGCUUGGAAGAAACAGCCAUGUCUCGGCAGUCUGUCUGCAGGAGCUUUGGAGGCGGGAGUAGAAGGGGCUACAGCUCUUGCUCUGCCAUCGGUGGUGGCUUUGGAGGAGGUGGCGGCAGAAGCAGGAUCAGUUACAGUUCAUACUCCUCAUCCAGGGGAGGUGGAGGAGGUGGACAUUGUGGAGGUUUUAGCAGCAGAAGCCUCCAUAACAUGGGUGGCAGCAGAAGAAUUACUGUGGGUGGAUGCUAUGGUGGUGGAGGAUACGGAGGCAGAAUGGGUGGCUUUGGUGGAGGCUAUGGAGGAGGAAUGGGUGGCUUUGGUGGAGGAAUGAGUUGUGGAGGAAUGGGUGGUGGAGGAAUGGGUGGUGGAGGAAUGGGUGGCUUUGGAGGAGGAAUGGGUGGUGGAGGAAUGGGUGGUGGAGGAAUGGGUGGCUUUGGUGGAGGAAUGGGUGGUGGAGGAAUGGGUGGUGGAGGAAUGGGUGGCUUUGGUGGCCCUGGCUUCCCUGGAGGCAUCCACCCAGUGCAAGUUGACCCAACCCUCCUGCGGCCAGUCCAUGUUGAGAUUGACCCCCAAAUCCAGCAAGUGAAAAACCAGGAGAAGGAGCAGAUUAAGACUCUUAACAAUCAGUUUGCCUCCUUCAUUGAUAAGGUCCGCUUCCUGGAGCAACAGAACAAGGUCCUGUCCACCAAGUGGGAGCUCCUCCAACAGCAGGGGCCUUCAGGGCCAAGGAAGAACCUCGAUGUCAUCUUUGAAAAUUACAUCCAGAACCUGAGGAGGAGGUUGGAGUCUCUCCUGGGGCAGAGGGGACAGCUGGAGUCGGAGCUGCAGAACAUGCGGCAAUACGUGGAGGAGUACAAAACCAAGUACGAAGAAGAAAUCAACAGGCGCACCGCUGCUGAGAACGAGUUUGUGGUGCUCAAGAAGGAUGUGGACUGUGCCUACAUGACUAAAGUAGAGCUGGAAGCCAAGGUGGGAGCUCUGACUGAUGAAAUCAACUUCUUGAGGUGUAUGUAUGAGGAGGAACUGGCUCAGAUGCAGACAAUCAGCCGGGACCUGUCCGUGGUGGUGUCCAUGGACAACAAUCGGCACCUGGAUCUGGAGAGCAUCAUUGAGGAGGUCAGGCGUCAGUACGAGCAGAUUGCUCAGAACAGCAGAGCUGAAGCUGAGGCUUGGUACCAGAGCCGGUAUGAAGAGCUGCAGAACACUGCUGGAAGACAUGGGGACAGCCUCCGCAACACCAAGAUAGAGAUCCAAGAGUUGACCAGGAACGUCCAGAGGUUGCGGGCUGAGAUUGAGAACGUGAAGAAGCAGAACCAGCAGUUGCAGUCAGCUAUUGCCGAGGCCGAGGAGCGGGGUGAGAUGGCCCUCAAGGAUGCUCGGUUAAAACUGGAAGAGCUGGAAAGUGCCCUGAGCAAAGACAAGGAGGAGCUGGCUCGCUUGCUGAAGGAGUACCAGGAGCUGCUGAACAUCAAGAUUGCGCUGGACGUUGAGAUUGCCAUGUACAGGAAACUGCUGGAGGGAGAGGAGAACAGACUGUGCAAUGAUGGCAUGUCCAACGUCAAUGUCUCUGUGGUAGGCAGGACCAGCAUCUCUGGAGGCAGAGGAGGCAUGGGAGGAGGCUUCGGAGGCGGCAGCGGCAUGGGAGGAGGCUUCGGAGGCGGCAGCGGCAUGGGAGGAGGCUUCGGAGGCGGCAGCGGCAUGGGCGGAGGAAUGGGAGGAGGCCUAUGUGGAGUAGGAAGCAGCAUUGGAGGUGGAAGCAUGGGCGGCAGCUGUGGAAUGGGAGGAGGAAUGUACAGCGGUGGCUUCUCUUCUGGAAGUGGAAGGAUGUGCGGCUCCGGAGGUGGCAGCUUCGGCUCUGGUGGGGGAUCGUCCUCCAUACGGAGAUGUGUCACGACCACCUCCGUCAAAUCUUCAGGAGUGAGAUUCUGAGCCCCCAAGCCAGAUUGAAAAAGGAAAGAAGCAGCCCCUAUCUUCUCCCGGCAGCAGCCCAACCUCCUUAAAUCCAGCUCCGGUGUCCUGCAAUGAAAUGAACUGUGUCCCUCAUGGCCCACCACAUACCAGCACAUCUACCUGGCUCGGUCCCAUCAGGGGAGUCUCGUGGCGAUGCCACAUCCCGUUAGCAGCCCUGGCAAGCUGCUCGUUAGCCCCAAGCCCAGUGAUGAAAUAAGCGUCUGAGCAAAGAAAAGUCUCACAUGUGGAUACCCAGCACGGAGAGCUGAUUUACAGGAGGGAACCGCUCUGCCUUUCUUGCUGUGUUGUACAUUUCUGGCUGCCUCGUGGCAAAUGUGUAUAAAACUCCUCUUUCUUCCUCUGUCCUCAUGUCCCUUCCUCGAUGGCCGUAUCCCUGGGGUGCUUCUGCAUGCAGUACAUCCCGCUGCUUCCAUUCACUAGCCUUUGGGGUGAGGGUAGGUGUGGGGCAAGCGGGACUCGUCCCGUGGCAGAGCUGGGGAGGGAGCAUCUUCUCGGCAUGUGGCCAGAGGGAUUAACUGCCCCAGGUUGGAGCACCUGGGCAGCUUUGCUCACCUGGUAGCCCCAGGUGUGCCAUAAGCAGGAGCUCUCUCUGGAGCCAUGGCUUCCAGUUCCGCUUGUCCUUGCUCUCCAUGGUACCUGAUAAGACCUCACACACACGUGGACUUUUUCAAAGGAGAACAAAGCUUGCUCUUCAGUGCCUGGUCCCCUGUGACAUGGAACGAGAUGUACUGUCCCCACCUCCCUUCCUCUUCUGUUUGUGGUAUGCCCUACUUCCUUGGGAUGUUGCCAUUCUCAAUAAAUUGCA